AUGAACGGGCAUCAGAAAUCUUUGAAAGUUGCGGUUGUUGGUGGUGGCAUGACCGGUCUAGCGGUUGCUAUUGGACUCACAAGGGCAGGGGUCGAUGUCGAUAUCUACGAGGCUGCUCCGAAGCUCGGUGAAAUUGGAGCCGGGGUCGGUCUAGGUCCGAACGCCAUACGCGUUCUCAGGGAACUUGAGAUUCUAAGUGAAAUCGAGGCUGCUGUGCUUCCUGAGAAGCUCAAACCCCGGCCAUUCCGUUUCGUCUUUGGCCUUGGUGAACACGAAGUGAUCUUUGAUUAUCCCGAGGAUCCCAAGGACGAUGCGAUAGGGAUACACAGGGUCACAUUCCUUGACGCACUUGUCCAUCUCGUCGACGCUUCCAGGAUACACUGCAACAAACGUUGCGUCGCUGUCCGCGAUCUUGAUUCACAGCGUGUACAAGUCCUCUUUGCGGACGGUACUUCCACAGAAGCUGAUGUUGUCGUUGGCGCGGACGGUGUCCGCUCUGCUGUGCGCUCGUACGUCGUGGAAGGGUCAACCGAGGACGUCACUACGAACGGUGAGGAAACCAAUGGGAAUGAUAUAACCAGAUCGAAGUUGGUUCGCGUGGCUUUCACGAACAACACUGCAUACCGCGGGUUGGUCCCCGUCGAGCAGCUCAAAGCCGCCGGUGCGAGCGAGAGUAUGGUACUUGAAUUGAGUAGACGGUUGCACUGUUUCGUCGGGGACAAGAAGCACGUAUUAACGUUCCCAAUUAAGAACGGAACAGUAGUGAACGUCGUCGCCUUCGCAGCUGACCACUCCAUACCUUGGGGUGCUCGUCCCGUCCCACCAGACGCAUGGGUCACACCGCGCAGCACGGAGGAGCUUCUCAGCAAUUACGAAGGCUGGGGACGUGAUGUGCGAUUGCUUCUCGGUUGCAUCGCGCGUCCGAGUGUCUGGUCUGUGCAUGCUUGUAACCCGCCGUUGGAGAGUUAUGUGAGAGGAAGAGUCGCAUUGGUAGGAGACGCUGCGCACGCGAUGUUACCGUAUCUUGGUGCCGGUGCGGGUCAGGGGCUUGAAGAUGCACUUGUGAUAGUGAGGUUGUUAACUCAACCGCAGACGAAUGCGGGGAAUAUUCAAGAAGUACUCAAGGCAUACGACACCGUCCGCCGUCCGCACGCCAACAUGGUUCUAACACGAAGCACGACGAUGGGGUACAUUUACGAACUGCUAGGGCCCAGCGGACCAAGUAAAGAAGGCAUUCGCUCAGAUCUUGAAGAGAAAUGGGACGACGUUUGGAGACAUGAAGCUACGAAGGACAUCGAGGACGCCGUUGAGCAGCUCGUGAAAACCGGGGCGUUCAAAGCCUAAUCACGAUCUGC